AUGAACACACUCGACCCAUGCUGCGCGUACCACGUCUACGUGCCCGGACGCUGUACUUCAGUGAACGGCUCCCACGUCGCCGCUGAACCAAACAACCUCAUCCCACCUGCGGCCCCACCUCCAUACUGGGAGGCCGUGUCGGGGGCCAGCAACGCCGCAAGCAGCCACCAGCAGCCCACCACCAUCUCGGUUCGGCACCAUGGAAGCCGACACGCGCGUUACACCAGCCACUGUGGCUGCGCUGAGACCGACCGCCAGAAGUUUACGGCCAUUGCCCAAUGGCACCGCUCGGUCCAGCGCUGCGCCGACUGGAUAGCCACUGUCGACCAGUCGACAGAGGACCCCAACACAAGCAUCGCUGCAUCAGCGCCACCCCCAGUCCGCGCCGCCUACCCCGCAGGCCCAUCACGCGACCGCUCGCCCUCAUCCGCAGUUCCCACUGUCCACAGGAGCCCUCUGAUGUCAUCUCGCGCGCUCCCAAUCAACAUCCCACGACAGCUGCCACACGUCGCCUCGUCGCUCUGCUCCUGCCUCGACUCGCACUGCCCCGGAGGCGAGCUUGCGCGCGACAACUUUGUCGUCUGCAGGUGUCUGGAGCCAGACUGUCCCGGCGGCGAGCUGGCGCUCGUGCACCAGGCGCUUGCGUCCAGCCAGUCAAGCAGCAACGUCAAGGCACGGCGCUCGUCUCGACGCGCUGGCUUCUCCCUCUAA